UCCUCCUGAGCAGGCAAGCGGGGCCUGAGGGCGGUGGCGGCUGGGGGCACGGGUCCCCUGAAGUUGCCUCGCAACCGAGCACUGGACCCGGUCUCUCCCUUCCCAGGGGGCCUUCGGCAUCACUGUAGGCUUCCUAGGGGUCCCCUAAGUGCUCUGCAAACCGCGGCUGGAAGUUUCCCACUGCAGGAAUCAGUAUACGAACAGGGAGAACACAUAGGGCUUGCUUUAUGCUAGAAACACAAGCAUCUUUCUUCUUUAUUAGAAAGAAAUGCAUUCUGUGUUUCUGAGAAAGGAUUUGUGCCAGGCGCUGUUUCUGGUGUAUGUGGAGGCCAGUAUGAAGCUGAAAAAGCAGGUGACAGUGUGUGGGGCUGCUAUCUUCUGUGUGGCAGUCUUCUCGCUCUACCUCAUGCUGGACCGAGUGCAGCAUGAUCCCACUCGACACCAGAAUGGUGGGAACUUCCCCCGGAGCCAAAUUUCUGUGCUGCAGAACCGCAUUGAGCAGCUGGAGCAGCUUUUGGAGGAGAACCAUGAGAUUAUCAGCCAUAUCAAGGACUCCGUGCUGGAGCUGACAGCCAAUGCAGAGGGCCCGCCCGCCAUGCUGCCCUACUACACGGUCAAUGGCUCCUGGGUGGUGCCACCGGAGCCCCGGCCCAGCUUCUUCUCCAUCUCCCCCCAGGACUGCCAGUUUGCUUUGGGGGGCCGGGGCCAGAAGCCAGAGCUGCAGAUGCUCACUGUGUCGGAGGAGUUGCCGUUUGACAACGUGGAUGGUGGCGUGUGGAGGCAAGGUUUCGACAUCUCCUAUGACCCGCACGACUGGGAUGCUGAAGAUCUGCAGGUGUUUGUGGUGCCCCACUCUCACAAUGACCCAGGCUGGAUCAAGACCUUUGACAAGUACUACACAGAGCAGACCCAACACAUCCUCAAUAGCAUGGUGUCUAAGCUGCAGGAGGACCCCCGGCGGCGCUUCCUCUGGGCAGAGGUCUCCUUCUUCGCCAAGUGGUGGGACAACAUCAAUGCCCAAAAGAGAGCGGCAGUCCGAAGGCUGGUGGGAAACGGGCAGCUGGAGAUUGCGACAGGAGGCUGGGUGAUGCCGGAUGAGGCCAACUCCCACUACUUUGCAUUGAUUGACCAGCUCAUUGAAGGACAUCAGUGGCUGGAGAGAAAUCUUGGUGCAACCCCCCGCUCUGGCUGGGCAGUGGACCCCUUUGGACACAGCUCCACCAUGCCUUACCUGCUGCGCCGUGCCAACCUCACCAGCAUGCUGAUUCAGAGAGUGCACUAUGCCAUCAAGAAGCACUUUGCUGCCACCCACAGCCUAGAGUUCAUGUGGAGGCAGACAUGGGACUCGGACUCCAGCACAGACAUCUUCUGUCACAUGAUGCCCUUCUACAGCUAUGACGUCCCCCAUACCUGUGGCCCGGAUCCCAAGAUCUGCUGCCAAUUUGAUUUCAAACGCCUGCCUGGUGGGCGCAUCAACUGCCCUUGGAAGGUGCCACCCCGGGCCAUUACAGAGGCCAAUGUGGCAGAGAGGGCAGCCCUGCUCCUGGACCAAUACCGGAAGAAGUCCCGGCUGUUCCGAAGCAACGUCCUCCUCGUGCCUCUUGGAGAUGACUUCCGAUAUGACAAGCCCCAGGAGUGGGAUGCCCAGUUCUUCAACUACCAGCGGCUCUUUGACUUCUUCAACAGCAGGCCUAACCUCCAUGUACAGGCCCAGUUUGGCACUCUUUCUGACUAUUUUGAUGCCCUGUACAAGAGGACAGGGGUGGAGCCAGGGGCCCGGCCUCCAGGGUUUCCUGUGCUGAGCGGGGAUUUCUUCUCCUAUGCGGACCGGGAGGAUCAUUACUGGACAGGCUAUUACACUUCCCGGCCCUUCUACAAGAGCUUAGACCGAGUCCUGGAAGCCCACCUGCGGGGGGCAGAGGUUCUGUACAGCCUGGCUGCAGCUCACUCCCGCCACUCUGGCCUGGCUGGCCGGUACCCGCUGUCUGACUUCACCCUCCUGACGGAAGCUCGGCGCACAUUGGGGCUCUUCCAGCAUCACGACGCCAUCACUGGCACUGCCAAGGAGGCCGUGGUGGUGGACUAUGGGGUCAGGCUUCUGCGCUCCCUUGUCAACCUGAAGCAGGUCAUCAUUCAUGCAGCUCACUAUCUGGUGCUGGGGGACAAGGAGACCUACCACUUUGACCCUGAGGCACCCUUCCUCCAAGUGGAUGACACUCGCUUAAGUCACGAUGCCCUGCCAGAGCGCACAGUGAUCCAGCUGGAUUCCUCGCCCAGGUUUGUGGUGCUAUUCAACCCGCUGGAACAGGAGCGGUUCAGCAUGGUGUCCCUGCUGGUCAACUCGCCCCGUGUACGCGUCCUUUCGGAGGAGGGUCAGCCCCUGGCCGUGCAGAUCAGCGCACACUGGAGCUCUGCCACUGAGGUGGUCCCUGAUGUCUACCAGGUGUCUGUGCCUGUCCGCCUGCCAGCCCUGGGCCUGGGCGUGCUGCAGCUACAGCUGGGCCUGGAUGGGCACCGCACGCUGCCCUCCUCUGUGCGUGUCUACCUGCACGGCCGGCAGCUGUCUGUCAGCAGGCACGAAGCGUUCCCUCUCCGCGUCAUUGACUCUGGCAGCAGUGACUUCGCCCUCAGCAACCGCUACAUGCAGGUCUGGUUCUCAGGCCUUACUGGGCUCCUCAAGAGCAUCCGAAGGGUGGAUGAGGAGCAGGAGCAGCAGGUGGACAUGGAAUUCCUAGUCUAUGGCACCCGUACGUCCAAAGACAAGAGUGGAGCCUACCUCUUCCUGCCCGAUGGCGAGGCCAAGCCCUAUGUCCCCAAGGAGCCCCCUGUGCUGCAUGUCACUGAAGGCCCUUUCUUCUCAGAGGUGGUUGCAUACUAUGAGCAUGUUCACCAGGUGGUCCGGCUUUACAAUCUGCCAGGGGUGGAGGGGCUGUCUCUGGACAUAUCAUCCCUGGUGGACAUCCGGGACUACAUCAACAAGGAGCUGGCCCUGCGCAUCCAUACAGACAUCGACAGCCAGGGUAUCUUCUUCACAGACCUCAAUGGCUUUCAGGUGCAGCCCCGACGGUAUCUGAAGAAGCUCCCCCUCCAGGCCAACUUCUAUCCCAUGCCAGUCAUGGCCUAUAUCCAGGACGCACAUAAGCGCCUCACACUGCACACUGCCCAGGCCCUGGGUGUCUCUAGCCUCAAAGAUGGCCAGCUGGAGGUGAUCUUGGACCGGCGGCUAAUGCAGGAUGACAACAGGGGCCUAGGCCAAGGGCUCAAGGACAACAAGAGAACCUGCAACCGUUUCCGCCUCCUGCUAGAGCGGCGAACCGUGGGCAGCGAGGUCCAAGAUAGCCACUCUACCAGCUACCCAUCCCUCCUCAGCCACCUGACCUCCAUGUACCUGAACACCCCGGCGCUCGCUCUGCCUGUAGCCAGGACGCAGCUCCCAGGCCCUGGUCUGCGCUCAUUUCAUCCUCUGGCUUCCUCACUGCCUUGUGACUUCCACCUGCUCAACCUACGUACGCUGCAGGCUGAGGAGGACACCCUGCCCUCAGCGGAGAUGGCACUCAUCUUACACCGCAAGGGUUUUGACUGCGGCCUGGAGGCCAAGAACUUGGGCUUCAAUUGCACCACAAGCCAAGGCAAGGUAGCCCUGGGGAGCCUUUUCCAUGGCCUGGACGUAGUAUUCCUUCAGCCAACCUCCUUGACAUUGCUGUACCCUCUGGCCUCCCCAUCCAACAGCACUGACGUCUAUUUGGAGCCCAUGGAGAUUGCUACCUUUCGCCUCCGCUUGGGUUAGGGCUUCUUGUGGCCUGAAGAGAAAAUUCAUUUACAGAGAUGUCCUCUUAACAUGAAGAUCAUUGGACAGGCCACAUGGGUAUCCCAUCCCGAUCUGCCUCCCAGAACUGUGACACACUGGGCUCUGCCCUCAUUUUCUGUUUAUUGCUGCUGCUGUGUUUUGGGGGCAACCCACAAACCCAGUGAUGGGUAAAUAGGGCAGAUGUCAGUGAGAUCAGGGAGAGAAGGCCCUUGGUCAGAGUGGGCAGUGCCAGGCUCUGCUUCGGGUUGUGAGUGGACACCCAACUGGGCACAGGCUCAGGCACCCAUCCUUUUUCCAAAAGGGGAUAUAGGAGAAGUGGAAGCAGACAGAAGACGGAGGCUAAGUGGGUAACAGCCUGGCAUCAGGGUCACCGUGGGCAACAGCCAGCUCUAAGGGAAUCCUGUGGUUACGUAGAGACUCCAUGUCCUGGUGUGAUGAGCAGGAUCAGAGUGACUCUGGGAGGACAGGGAUGGGGACCCAGAGUUAGCAAUGGGGGUGGAGCAGUAGAAGGAAUCACUGUUUCUCCUAGGAGUCUGACGGCCUCGCUGCUUUCUGUGAUGGCUUUGCUGUAAGUGCCGCCUGGCCUGCAUGCAUUGGCUAAGAGGCUGCAGAGUGGCAGGAAGGACUCGCUAGAGAUUGUCAUGGCCAGAGGUCAUAGGUCACUUCAGGUAGCAAGACCCCUGGCAAACUAGGCACUUGGCCUAUGUACUGAUUUGUGGGGUGGUGGCAGGGGCAUGGGGUCCUCCACUCUGCCUGAAUCCUCUUUGGCUUCUAUGCUCUGUACACUGCUGUCCCCAAGAGCUCGCUCUUAUUAUGGCAGGGGGUGGGGAUUGGUCCUGCUUUCUUUCUCUGGAAAGGAAAGCCUCCAAGACCCUAUGUGCUUGGGCAGCUUGAGAAGGCGUUCAGCAUCACGCCUAGCAGGCAGGCCUUAAAGCUUCACCUUUGGUCUAUCCUGCAGAGGUGUUCAGUUACUGGCACAGGGGACUAGGGAUAUGUAGAGUAUAUGAGGAGGCAGUAUGGCUGCGCAGGAGCCUUCAUUUCAGCUUCAAUUAAUAAAGAAAAUUUUAUGAUAGCUCUAUAGAUGCUGAAAAGAUAAUUUGGUAAGAUUUAAAAUCCAUCCCUUAUUAAAACUCUUAGUAAAUUAAGUCUGGAAAGAAACACCCUAAUCUAGAUAAAGGUCUGUUUCAGAAACCAACAGUUACUGGCAUUCUGAAGAGUCAAACGCCACAGGCAUUCUCAUUAAAGUCAGAAACUAGCCAAGGGCAUGCUAUUAUUCAGCAAUGUCCCGGCACUACUAACCCCUGCAACAAGCCAAAUGAGGAAAAUAAGGAAGAAUUAUAAUUGUCAUUAUUUGUAGACAAUAAAACUGCCUACCUGUAAAACCUAAGAAUCAACUGAAGACCUGUUAAGAGUAUUCUGUAAGUCGACCCAAUGAUAUACAUCAUGUUCCUGUCCACAUACUGGUUUUCCCCA